AUGUCAAUGAACCCAUUUUGCGAGAUAGCUUUGGAAGAAGCUUUAAGGAUCAAGGAAUCAGGGUUAGCCUCCGAGGUUGUCGCUGUCAGUAUGGGGCCUUCAGAGUGCGUGGAUACUCUGCGGACUGGUCUAGCGAUGGGAGCUGAUAGAGGGAUUCAUGUUGAGGUCACCUCUGUGCUGUAUCCAUUGACCGUCGCCAAGAUCCUGAAGAUUCUUGUUGAGGUUGAGAAGCUCGGUUUGCUUUUUCUGGGAAAGCAGGCAAUUGAUGAUGAUUGCCAUCAAACAGGACAAAUGGUUGCAGGGUUGCUCAGCUGGCCACAGGCUACCUUUGCUUCUAAGGUUGUUUUGGACAAGGAGAAACAGGAAGCAACUGUGUAUAGAGAAGUAGAUGGCGGUCUUGAGACACUAUCAUUAGACUUACCUGCAGUAAUCACGUAAGUAUUGUGCAAUUUGAGACUUCUAAUAUUCAAUACUAUGAAGUUCUUGAAGUCUUAAAAGAACCUCAACAUGUCGAGAAAUUGAAUAUAGAAUACUAUGAAAUCAAGAUGGCAAAAACGAUAGUAUGGUUCAUGUUCCAACCAAUAUCCGUGGUCUUACUUGAUUUAGGAAAGACCAAUUUUUGUUUUUGCAGUUAUAUCACUUUGACCCACAAUUGAACAACCUAAAUCGUCUUAAUUUGUGAUUCAACUGGCUAGUUCAAAGCAGCCAAACUAUUUGAUAAUGUUAGUAUGAUGUCAUGCUAAUGUUAUUGUAAUAUUUUACAACUAAUUUAAGACCCAACAGUUGGGAAGGCAUAAGCUAUUUCACCA